AUGUCAAAGCGUAAAAAUCCUUUUAGAGAAGUUGACAGUGCAAUUCAAGUUAAAAUGUGCGUCAGUCAAAAAUUUUUAGAUGAAAAAUCGGACGAAAAGAUGCAAAAAGUUUACGAGAAAACCAAGCAGUUGCUCUUUGCUGGUUCUAAGAAUGCUUUCACCCUCACUACAACGACUAAUAAUGAUGAAAACACGAUGGAGUUUGCUGAAGGCAUGCAGGAAAAUUUAAAUGAAAGCAGUUUGACUAAUAAACAAACAGACAGUCAUACAAAAGAUAUUUCAAAUAGUACAUGCUUCAGACAGUUGACUUUCUCUUCUAAUGGCCAGUUGAGUGUUGGCCAGGCAAUAUGGUCAGAAAGAAACGGUGACAAGAUCUUAAAUAUGACGGUCGUAUUUGUCUUUCCUGCCAACAAAAUCUUCCAAAAAAUGGUCCAAGUUACGAAUGUUCACACUGUUCUUGGUGCUGCAUUCCUCUCUGCUCUCAUUGUACUAGGAGCUGUGUACUGUGUGAUGACGUCUUCUGCUACUUAUGUGCACAUUUAG